CGUAGCACACACCGACAACAGUUUCAUCACGAUUCUUCUGCAGGAUCAUAUCGGUGGCCUCAAGAUCUUUUAUAAGAAUCAGUGGACUGAUGUUCCUCCUAUACCGGGAGCUCUUGUAGUGAACGCUGGAGAUUUUCUACAGCUAAUUACAAAUGACAAGUUUGUGAGUUCGCAACACAAAGUGGUGGCAAACAAGGUUGGGCCAAGAGUAUCAGUGGCGUCAUUCUUUACCAUGGGUGUGAUUGAGACAUCGAAGGUGUAUGGACCGAUCAAUGAGCUGCUUUCAGAAGAUGAUCCAGCCAUGUAUAGAGGUUUUUGUUUUCUACAUGACAAAGAAGAUGGCACUCAAUGGUACCUCUGCAUCAAUCCAACCGGACUAUGACCGGAAAGCAGAGCUCAGGGCGUUCGACGAAGCCAAAACCGGGGUCAAAGGACUUGUUGCCGCCGGAAUAACAGAAGUCCCUAGAAUAUUUCAUCUACCUUCACCCGAAAACCUCAACUCCCAACAACACGAGCUGACUCUUCCAACCAUCGACCUCCAAGAAAUCGAUAACAAUCCGAUACAACGAAAAGAGGUGGUCGAGAAAGUGAAGGAUGCAUUGGAGAGCUGGGGAUUCUUUCAGUUGGUGAAUCACGGAAUCCCGAACAAUAUAUUGGAGGACAUGAAAAAAGGAGUGAUGGAUUUUCAUGAGCAAGACAGUGAGGUAAAGAAGCAGUGGUACACAAGGGAUAUGAGUGGGAAGACCAGGGUGAUCUACAAUAGCAACUUUGACUUGUAUGCUGCACCGGUGACUAACUGGCGAGACACCUUCUACUGCACCAUGGCUCCUAACCCACCCGAACCACACGAGCUGCCACCACCAUGCAGAGAAAUUUUGUUGGAGUACUCAAGACAUGUGAUGAAACUCGGGGUUUGUUUAUUUGGGUUAAUAUCUGAGGCACUUGGUCUUGAUCCGAAUCAUCUUGUGGACAUAGGAUGUGCUGAUGGGCUUGCUGUUCUUGGCCAUUACUAUCCUUCUUGUCCACAACCUGAACUAACAAUAGGAACCCCGGAGCAUGCUGACAGCGAUUUCAUCACUAUUCUUCUGCAAGAUCAUAUUGGUGGACUCAAGAUCUUUUAUCAGAAUCAGUGGACUGAUGUUCCUCCUAUACCAGGAGCUCUUGUAGUGAACGCUGGAGAUCUUCUACAGUUGAUUACAAAUGACAAGUUUGUGAGUUCGCAACACAAAGUGGUGACAAACAAGGUUGGGGCAAGAGUAUCAGUUGCGUCAUUCUUUACUACGGGUCAUAUCCAGACUUCGAAGGUGUAUGGACCGAUCACUGAGUUGCUAUCAGAAGAUAAUCCAGCCAAAUAUAGAAACAUAACGGUGAAAGAAUAUGUAGAUUAUUACAGGGCAAAGGGACUUGAUGGCACUUCUGCUCUUUUGCAUUUCAAGAUCUAAUUCGUUUAGAAGUCAAUGUAUGACUCAUCGCUAUGUGUAAAAGCUAUUGUGUUUAUGUUCGUCAUAUAGUACUGUAAUAUAUGUUAGACGCGUUUUUAACGUUUUACUACAAUGUUUAUAAGAAUCUGGUUAAAUUAUUUUGUUGGUA